AUGGAAGGCAACUAUGUACCAGCUUGGUUGCCUGCCGGCUUCAAGGUGGAUGAGGACCGUCCUCGGUGUCGCAUAUCGCCUAUAGCCCAUGAAUGGUUGCGCCGCAUCGAGGACCCUGUAUGCAAGUGCCGUUGCUGCGCUCUUACCGUCGAUACUGCUAGUAGCAACUCGGACGGUAACCUGCCACGCACCGAAGACGCUACAACGUCAAAUCAAUCCACAAAGCCUCGUAUGCAUGACUGGGUUGAUGUCUGCGGAAUCGGCACGAUCGUUUCAUCGCGGCACUCUGGAGGUGAUGCGAAGGCUGGUGAUGGCAUUCCUUCCACAUCCACCUCUAUGGUCAACAGAUACGGCGCGUUAGGCAAGGCAGUGGCAGGGAAGGUGGCCGAUGGACCCGGGACACCAUGCACAAGUACACCCGGUGCCGUGAGCUUGUUGCCAGGGGAGGCCGACGCUUCGUAUCAUUGCGCUUUGCGAUGGUUGGGAAGCACACUUGCGCAUUUGGAUGCUCUGGAACGUCUGAGCUUUGGCCAAGAGUUCCGGUGCAGGCAACUGUACCUCCUGAGUAAUAUGGGUGUCGGCAAAGCCGGCGACGAUGCCAAGGUUGUUGGUGAUACUGGUGGCCAAAACAGCCCCAAUAAUAUCCAUUCUUCGAUAGCCACGCUUCUGCGGCAGUGGAUUGCCUUCGACAACAACUUCCGCCAGGUUUAUGGUGACAUUUGUCGUGCUUACAACCGUUUGGUGCGCAUGGAGGUCCAGCUGAACCUUUUGCGGACCAACUCACUGUUGAUGCUUGAGGAGGAUUCUGAGCAUCUCAGCGCCUCUCGCCAAAGCAUGGUUGCCCAUAACGAUUACGCUGUGGAUUCCGAGCGUUACGGCAAGCUGGUGUCCAUAUGGUCGUCCAAGCUGGUUGCACUGCGUGACCGCAACUUAUCUGAGUUCCGCCAUUACGUGGUGUCUGCAGUUGCAGAUCUGCAAUCGUUACCUGUUCCACGGGCGUUGGUUUUUGUGGAGGAGUGUGAGUCGGAGCGCAGCCUGGUGAUGUCGUCAGGCGAGGACACGAAUGCGCAGCAACAGGCCACAUCCAAAGACUCCGCAUCCUUCAAGGCAGGGGGAACCAGUGGAAGCCAUACUGAUUUUUCGAAUGGCACUUACGGCUCCACAAGCAAGGGCUUUUCAUCUGGUGAUCAUGGCGGUCUCUCGCCGUACGGUUCGUUCCGGACCACUUCAGUCGACGGUGUUCUCGAGUGCACGCUCGAUGUGGCUGAUGAGGACGCCGAGUGCUUCGAAGACGAAUGUCCUGCGGACUACACCGAGCUGUUUGCUGAAGCAGUUGACGUUGUGACCGACUACUGCCAGAGCCGUGGCAUUAGCGAGGAGAGUUCUUUGGAUUAUGUGAGCCGGGUAAGUGACCUGAGCAACCGUUUACUCCCCCGGGUUGUGAGGGCUGCAGCUAGCACGCCUAUUCACAGCGACGAUUAUCUGGAUGCGUCGGUGCACUGCUUACGUGACCCACCCGCCACUUGUGAUACGCAGGGUGCCUCAGCAUCUAUCGACUCUUCGACAGGCGCUGCAGUCCGUUUGGUUAAGCGCGAUGCUGGCAACAGUCGUCACCACCACCAAGCUUCCACGGCUCGAAUCGCAUCUGAUAUUUCAUCUGUGAAUUCGUUGUCGUCGCGUAGCGCCCGCAGCUCGUAUGACGAUGGGUUGCCUGCGUGGGCUUCGAAAAAUCGCUACGUUGCAAUGCUGCUUCGUACCAACCUGACGGUUGUUGACGCUCUGAGGUGCCUGCCAACCGCCGCAGGUGGCUGUCGCAAGCUGGUUUGUUUUACUAAUGGCUCUUUGCGUGAUCUGUUUUUGAACCAGCCUGGUGCUAAGGAGAGCGUAGACCUGCGCUCGCUUCUAGCUUCCCACGCAGACGGUACCUUCAUGGGGGAUCAUGGUUUGAGGGAUGAUGUUAAGGCCACUGCGAAACUCCGCAGUGGGCCUGAGACGGUGCUGCGAGCUUUGUUGACGGAGGAUUUGGCCAGUGACGAAAUUGACAAAAUCAUUCAUACGUGGUUCCCUACGCUAUCGUAUUCUCCGUAUAGGUCUGUUCCUGAGUCUGGAGGUGGGAUUAAUUGGCGAUCGAUUCGUGACGCAUUGGCGCCUCUGGAUAAUGAUGAUGCGUCGGAUGAUCGAGGGGAUGCGGACUAUCUGCACAGCGCUGUGUGGCGGCACCGGUUGUCAACGUUCAACGCAUUGACGGGUCUCCACGUGUCCCGCCUGCUUACUGACCGCACAUUGGUGGAGCCUCGGGUAAAGUAUGACUCUGGUGGAUAUGCCGCUACUUGGGACUUUCUGCCGCUGCGUUCCACAUGCGAUUUCCGCAAUCACAUCCCGAUAAAGUACACGAUGCGGUCUGAUAACAACCAUGGGGGCAAUAACUACGGUUGGAUGCAAUCGUUAUUUGGCGGUGACGGGGCAGCAGCCGCCGUUGCCGAUGGAGGUCUCCAUCCCAAUGUCAGCUCUCGUUCUGGCAGUGCUGCUGACAUGUUGCCUAUCGCAUGCACCGGGAACCCAGUGAAUGCGGUGGUCAUACCGAUUCACCGCGGGCCAAUCGAGCUUAGUGAUGCUUACCGCACCAUGGGUGAGAUGUGUGAUUGCCUGACCGACUACGUGUUUCCUCCGCUCUACGAGCAGCACCGUUUUGCCUGUGUUGACAUGAAAUACGGCUCGCAGCCACGGGGUGCGGAGCGUCAUGGUCAUUGUGACGGUUCACCCCGCGAUGACGAUGGUGAUAUGGACUGCGUCGGCAUGUGUUGCGAGCUGGGCGCAAAAGGUUGUGUAGACAUGGGCAGCAGGAGUUGUCAGGAUGCUAAAUGCCGAAUUUGCCGCGUUGGUAAUCACCGGGGCGCAUCUGAACGUUGCAGCAAGGCGGAUACUGCAGACAAGAGCAAGGCCAGUCACGGACACUGUUGCAGUUCCGCUGCGACCGCAGAGAUCGACACCUCCCGCUUGGGCAACGUGUUCGUCUCCCGCCACAGCAACCUGUGCUUAGGCAGCCAGUGGUCAAGCCACCUGGAUCGCGGGUCCGUGUCGCUCGUUUUUUACAUCGUGUGCUGCGAGGGUGCAGACGCUACCUCUCAGCCCCUGCUUGACCCCGGAAGCCACGAGAGCAUCCUCAACCAGGCGGAACGCAUGCGCCCGGUGCUGUCAGGGCUGGACCGCAUCCUGAACCUGUGCACGCGCUGGAAGGUCGCCACACUGUCGCUUCCGGCAGCGCUGAGUUGCUGUUUCCGCGUGGACGGUGGCUCGUGCGGUACCGACUCCGGAGCCAGUGAAGCGUAUAUACGCUGUUUGGCCACGGCCACCCACCUUACCGCGGGGAUGUGUCGCCGCGCAUACCCGGUGGCGGUCAACUUGGUGUUCCCUGAGGCUCUGCGCGGUUCAGGUGUUGAGAAGGCUGCAUCUAUCAUGAGCGCGCUUGAGCUCUUUCGUCUUUUGGGCGAAGACCUAAACCGUCCGCCCAGUCCGCCGCGGGAUGCGCUCAAGCGGCGCCGAGUUUCUCAGGCUCCCCGGGCGACCCGGUAUUGGCCAGGAAAGGCACCUGAUUAUGCCGCUGAUCUACCAGCAUCAAGCGACGAUGACUCCGACGCAGCACCGGAGGUGGCUCAGGCGGCUUUAGAGAAUGACCGCCGUUAUUCGCGCUACGCGACGGCAUCUGAAUCCGGCGAGGUUGCUGCCCGUUCUGGUCGUCGCCGGGCGCCCGCUGCAACAAUCGUAAUAGACCGCGAACCUGAGCAUGAUGCGGAUAUUCCAGAGCCGCAGCCAUCCUCGCCAUCGCUUGCGCAUGCCACUGGCGACGACGGCGAUGUCGUUAACACGCCAGUGGUCGUGGAGGCUCCUCGUAAUCGUGCCGCCAUCCGUUCGCGAGCGAUGGCGUACCGUAGAGAGGAGGAGGCAGUCGUCGGUGAUCGCGAGGAUGUUAUGACACCAUUAGAUGGUGAAGAGGAGUACUCGGAAUCUGACGAUGAUAGCGAUGGCUCCGAACACAUAAGCCCUCAAGAAUCGAAAGAUCAUUCCGGCAUACUCGCUAAACCGGUAUUCGUGCCGAAGAAUCGGCGUUUGACAGUUCUAGAGAAGCAAGAGCUCGAGAGGGAGGAGCAACGGCGUUUGGAGUGCGAACGUCAGCGCGCCAUCGAGCGUCAGAAGCAGAGCAAAGAGCUGCUCGUUCAAACACUGGUGGCUUCAGAAACGCAGCAGGAGGUGGAGAACGAUGUGGAAAUGGUAGACGACACUGACGAGUUGACUGAGAAGGAAUAUGAGCUCUGGAAGAUUCGCGAGCUGAAGCGUGUGCUACGCGACCGUGAUGAGCGAACUGCUCAUGAGCGCCUGAUGGAGGAAGUAGAGCGUCGUCGUAACAUGACCGAGGAGGAACGACUGGCGGACGACGAACGUAUCGACCGGGAGAAGGUGCCACGUGCUCCGCGGGGCAAAAUGUUAUUCCUGCAGAAGUACUACCACAAGGGUGCAUUCUUCAUGGACAAGCUUGAAGACGGCUCUGAACCUCUGUACAAUCGCGAUUUCAACGCUCCUACGGCCGAUGACCGCGUAGAUAAGUCGCUGAUGCCCAAGUCGAUGCAGGUGCGUCGAGGGUUGUACGGAAAGAUGGGGCAAGUGAAGCAUACGCACCUUACCGCAGAGGAUACGACACGUUUCGACAUGCCGUGGAAUAAGGUACCCGAAAAGUUUACUCCCGCUGGGACGCAGCAGACGUUUGACCGGCCAUCCCGCAAGAAGUCGGGCGUCAGCCGCUCAGGUUCCGAUAAACGGUCUGAUUCUAAGUGA